AUGGAGAUAGAACAGAAACAACCGCAAUUGAUAGAGCAGUUUGUAAAGCAAGCUUCCACUCUCACUCUCUCCUCUUUGCCUAAUCUCAUUGUCGAAGCCACCUCUCACCCUUCUCUCUUCGCCUUCUCCGAGAUUCUAGCUGUCCCCAACCUCCUCCAGCUUGAGGGAACGGAAAAUUCGACCUACUUUGAAUUGCUACGGCUUUUUGUUCACGGUACAUGGACCGAUUACAAGAGUAAUGCAGCCCGUCUACCACAGCUGGUACCGGUUCAAGUGGUGAAGCUUAAACAACUUAGCGUGCUUACUCUUGCUGAGACCAAUAAGGUUCUCUCAUAUGAUCAACUUCUACAAGAACUUGAGGUUGCUAACGUGCGUGAACUUGAAGACUUCCUUAUCAAUGAUUGCAUGUAUGUGGGCAUAGUCAAAGGGAAGUUGGAUCAUUUAAGAAGAUCCUUUGAGGUGCAAUUUGCGGCAGGGAGGGAUUUGAGACAUGGCCAACUUGACAGCAUGAUGCAGAAGCUAACAAAUUGGUUGGACAAUUCAGACAAUCUCCUUUCCACAAUUCAAGAGAAGAUUAAAUGGGCUGAAAUGAUGUCUGAAGCGGAUAAAAAUCACAAGAAGGAAGUCAAAAGUCGGCUGCAAGAAGCAAAGAAAUCCCUCCAUCACAAGGCUAGUAAACAGUUUCGAGUGCAUCAAGAAUCUUUGUACUCUGAGUUUGAUGGCGAAAUGGACUAUGAAGAAGAUCUAAGCCGAUCAAAGAGGUAUUUCAGUUCACACAUUGUGCACCGAGCUGGAUAUUUUAGUUGAACUAAGGACUAAACUAACAUCUAUUCACUUUAUUUACAUUGCUUAAUUAGAAGGUCCUUUAUCUCAUUCACUUUGGUAAAAAUUUGAGAGUGAAUAUUGGGAUGAACAAUCAAGUUGAUUAUGGAUGCAUUGCUCGCCAUGUUUUUUCUGGUUCUGUCAUUAAAAUCUCAUUACUUGUCCAAUUGCAGGAGAUGGUCGCCAAGAUAUUAGUUUUUAAGAACCAAAGAUAAUUCCUUUCAAUGUUAUGAGUUCCUUGAUGUUCUUUCCAGUUGCUUGCCUGAUUUUCUUAGCCCAUUAGAUUAGUAUCUUAAUAUGCAAGAGCAAUUGCUAAAAUUAUUUAUUGUUUUAAUUUAGUCCGGAUUGAACAAAUCCAAGCUACUGUUGCAGCCAAAAUUUGUUCAAACUUUAUGCAGAAUUGUGCUUAAAGUACUCUUUAAUGAUUAUAGAGUUGCAAUAUGACAGUGUUGUAUGUUGAAAACUCACAAGCCUGCUGAUAUUAUAACAUGAGUUUUCCAAACCCAACUUUCCUAUGGUUGU